AAUAUUAAAUUAGAAGUAUAAAAAACUAACGAUAUUAAAAAAUAAAAACGCAACUGUUGCUUAAUAUGUCCUUUUGUAUUAUGAAAAAUAUAGUGUUUUUAAUCUUUUUUUGUUAUAUUAAGUUAAAUAGUUCACAUGAUGGUAUAGCAAUUCCUUUUAAAUGUUCUUAUACAGAUACGAACUUGAAAAUUCACUUUAGAACUAUUAGAUCUCCACUUUAUUACAAUCCAGUUGAUACAGAUUGGAAAAAAGAAAAAUGCAACAGUCUAGGAUUUACAUACAAAGAACCAAAUAAAAAACAUAUGUUUACGCCAUAUACAAUACCAAGUGAACUUUUUUAUUCAACGGUUAUUCCUAUUUUGUUGUCUGAAUUAAUAUGCGGAGAUAAAAAAUUUAUGAAUCAUUUUGCUCGAAAUAUUGUAAAAAAUCUAAAAUCAAAUGAAAAUAUUGAAAAACUUUUUGAAACUAAAGAGAUGUUUGAUAACUACAUAGCAAAGACUACAAAAAUUGAACAACUAGCUGUUCAAAUUAAUGGUGAAGAUUGUCCAAUUUGUUACGAAAGUAAACGCGUAUCUUAUGUUCUUGAUUAUUGUAAUCACCAACUGUGUGAUAUUUGUGCUGAUAAAUUAUUAAUUAAAAGAAACUAUACUUGUCCACUUUGUAGAGCACAUUUUAACCAAUUUUUAGAGAAUGGAGAAGACAUAAAGAGUUUUUGGGAAAAUUUAGAAAUACUUGCCUCUACAUAUUAUUUAAAUGCCUGUAUUUAUGUUUAUAGCAGUGAAUUGAAUAUUUGGAUAUUUUUUCAUAAUUCAUUAACGACAGCUGACGUAAAAAAUGAAAAAUGUAUAUAUUUAUAUAAAAUAAAAAAUCGUAUGGGUGUAGUAACUAAUCUCACCCAACCUUAAUUUGUCUUAAUUUAUUUUUUUUAAGAAAGUUAAUUGUAAAAGAUCUUUUGAUAAUAUAUUUUUAAUAUUUAAUGUACAUAAU